AUAAUAACAGCUAUGGAAUCGGACCUGGGUGAUCUCCACUUGAGUCUUGACUGCUGUGAGAAUGCGCUAAAAUCCCCAAGCCGAGAUUCUGCACGUCGAGGUGAUGAUUCGUCAGAGCAGCAAAUGAAUCAUGACUCAUUCGACAUCUUUUAUCUAAGCAGACAGAAGCUGAAGGUCAUUCCAGACUAUGUGCGCAAGUACACUCCACUCAAGAAUUUAUAUCUUGAAGGAAAUGAGUUAUCCAGUCUCCCAGACAAUCUGUUCAUCAAUCUGCCACAAUUGCUUUGGCUGGACCUGAGAAAUAACCAGCUCACUUGUCUUCCUGCUGAUAUUGGUCAGCACAGAUGCUUGAAAACUUUGCUGCUGGAGGGGAACCAGAUUACAGAACUUCCUGUAGAGUUAGGUAAUACGAUCACACUACGAGCUCUGAGCCUGAGGAACUGUCCCAUCUCAUUCCCACCCCAGGAAGUGCUGCAGCAGGGUCUCGCACACAUCCUGCAGUUCCUGCGUCGCACAGCCGUGGCUCAGCGGCCCCUCAGCUUGCACAGCACGCACACGGACAUGCCGGCUGUGGAGAAGCUGCCGCUGACCGAGAUUCUCCAGUCUAGCCUGAAUCUGUCUGAGGUGGAUGACAAUGAGGUACACCGCUUUAAGGAGCUUAGGCAGCAAAUGAUCCAGAUGGACAGAGCAGAUCUUGGGCACAUCACACCAGACAUAUCACCGCAGCAACACCUACGAGCAGCAGAGGGAGACAGAUCUCACCAAUCUCAUCCUUCAUCCAUCAAUAGAGAUCAAGAGUUAACGACAGGAAGGUUCCCAGAGCUUCCUCCACUUAAUGUGCAGAACUGGAAGAGAUCAGAGGACAGAGUGGCUGCAGCGAGGGAGUUGAAGGAAAAACAAGCUUCACUAGAACAGAAAAGGAAAAACGAGGAGCUGUUGCAGCACUGGAGAAACCAGGCCAAGAUCAUGCAGGAAAGGAAAAUACUGGAACACAAGAACCAGAAUGAGAGACAUUGGAAAGAUGGGCGUCUGAAGAAUGCUGCUGAUACGUCCAGUAAUCCGAACAACAUUGGCAAAGCUCUGAAUAAUGACCCACACAGUGAAGCCCAUACCACUCAACAAACACGCAAGGAAACAGAGGCGGCCAGGGAGGCAAGGGACCGGGAGCUUGAGCAACGCAUCAGGACUCAUGUUCAGAUGAUGCAGCAGAGGCGCAGACGACCCAGAGGCUCACCUGCGGAAGAGGUGAAGGCAGCAGCUCAAGAGAUGGAAGAGGUAAAACAUCUGCAGAUGGAACUUGCAGAAAGGAGACGAGCGAAAGAUUCGGAGUAUCGCUUGAGUGCCUUCACUGGAGAGAUUUCUUAUGAUAAAUAACUUGACUCGACUAAGAUUUAUGAUAAAUAACCAGCUACCACCUGAACAAGCUUUGGUAUUUCAGGUCAUCACUGUAAUGUGAAAGUUGAGGUUUUAUUAUUGACAAAGGUGGUGAGUUUGACCACACGGUGGCGCGUUUUUCAUUCCUGUUCAUUGUCGCCUUCAAUUUGUGCUUCAGCCAUUUUAAGCUUAGGGCCUAGUGGAUUGAUUUUGGGGAAAAAACAAACAAACAAACCAAAAAAAACCAACAUUUUAAUUGCAUUUAGACGAGGCCAAAUAUAUCAAAGACCUUUGUAUGUUAAUGCGUUUGUUUUUGUAUUUUAUCCGCACAUUAGACGCCUGCAAUAUAAUCAGUGUGAUAAUAAAUCAAAUGAAUCAAUAGAGG